AUCAGAACCUCGGCUGAUGGAAGGCUGCGUGUUUGAGCCUAUGCAGGCAGCAGCUCUGUGAACAACCUUGUCAGCUCCUCUGCUGAUGUCAACCGGGACACCUUUCGCUUUUGCCUCUCCUCCCGGACACCUGCGAACAUGGUCUGCGUGACUCCUCGCUGCAGGGGAUUCCUGAUCCCGAACACAGCUCUGGAUCUGAACGCGGAUUUGUUCCGGUUUUCCUUUGAUUUCUGACAUGAAUCCUUCAGAGCGACGGCUUUAUGGACUUAGCUAAUGAUGUCUAUGGGUUUUGUGCCUGACACACUGAAUGGCUCCGAUCCCUCCAAAUCGGCCUUUCUAGAAUUUGGCCACGGAUAUCCGGCCCACCAGCAGCACUCCCCGGGACUCUCACACAUUUACCCCGUGCAUGGCUUGCACGCAGCCGGGCAUUCCCAGCACGAAAGUGCCUUUCCUGGCAACUCGUCCUACGGCUCCUCGUUGGGAUACGCCUACCCAGGCGCUGUGAACGCUCACCCCCAGUCCGCUUAUAUGUCCUACCACCAGCACAGCAGCCACAGCAGCAGCUUGUCCCACAGCAGAUUAGAGCGGACAGAUCGUGACAAGUCCACGGUGACUGAGAGUCGGGACAUUCGGAUAGUGAAUGGCAAAGGGAAAAAGAUCCGGAAGCCUCGGACCAUCUACUCCAGUCUGCAGCUGCAGGCUCUGCACCAGCGCUUCCAGCAGACCCAGUAUCUGGCAUUACCGGAGCGCGCAGACCUGGCGGCCAAGCUGGGGCUCACGCAGACUCAGGUGAAGAUCUGGUUCCAGAACAAGCGCUCCAAGUACAAGAAGAUCAUGAAGCACGGCAGCGUCUCAUCUGAGGGAGACCACCUCCACAGCACCAGCUCCGUGUCCCCCUGCUCCCCAGCUUUGCCCCAGCUCUGGGAGGUCUCCAAAGGCGCCCCGAUGCAUCCGAACAGUUACAUGAACUCUAUCGGUCACUGGUAUCCGAACCACCACCACCCUCACCAGCAGGACGCCGUGCUGAGGCCUCAGCUGAUGUGAGUGGAAUGCUUUCUCCAACUUUUCAGGACUCCCACAAAUGCCUCCUCUUCCUCCCUUCUCCUCCUAACACGGAGCUGAACUCCUUUAGAGUGUUUCAAAGACUUAUGUCCUGUUUUUUCUGUAUUUUGCGUUUGGAAUUGAGUUUUUACAGCGACGUUCAACCAAAUGGAUUUUUAAGGCUUUGUCUCUGCAGCUCACGGCCGCUGGAAUGUGGAUUUGUGUUUGCAGCUUUCAAAGGAGAAUCUGUAUAAAGAGGCUUUUUUGGAAAUCUA